GGAAGUGGGGCAGGCAGGCGGGAGCAAGGCGUCGCCGUUGUAUAUUCAUGAGGCGCGCGCAGCCCGGCAUGCUAAUGAGGCGGGGCGCGGCGGCGAACUGAGAAGCUGCUGGGCGGCGGCGGCGGCAGCGGCGGGCUUGGAGCUGCGGGCGGGAGCGGCGUGGGCGUGGGGUCACUAGCAACGCAAACCUGGACAUGGAGCCGCCCGGCGGGGGCCUGGGACCCGGCCGGGGGACCCGGGACAAGAAGAAGGGCCGGAACCCGGACGAGCUGCCUUCGGCAGGCGGCGACGGCGGCAAAUCCAAGAAAUUUACUCUGAAGAGACUCAUGGCAGAUGAGCUGGAGAGAUUUACCAGCAUAAGAAGUAAGAAGGAGAAAGAAAAGCCCAAUUCUGCUCAUAGAAAUUCUUCUGCAUUUUAUGGGGAUGAUCCCACAGCACAGUCAUUGCAAGAUGUUUCAGAUGAGCAAGUUCUAGUACUCUUUGAACAGAUGCUGCUGGAUAUGAACCUGAACGAGGAGAAACAGCAACCUUUGAGGGAGAAGGACAUUAUCAUCAAGAGAGAGAUGGUGUCCCAGUACUUGCACACCUCCAAGGCUGGCAUGAGCCAGAAGGAGAGCUCUAGGUCAGCCAUGAUGUACAUUCAGGAGUUGAGGUCAGGCUUGCGGGAUAUGUCUCUGCUCAGCUGCCUGGAGUCCCUACGUGUCUCCCUCAACAACAACCCUGUCAGUUGGGUCCAAACAUUUGGUGCUGAGGGCCUGGCCUCCUUAUUGGACAUCCUUAAACGACUUCAUGAUGAGAAGGAGGAGACUGCUGGAGGCUAUGACAGCCGUAACAAGCAUGAGAUCAUUCGCUGCUUGAAAGCUUUUAUGAAUAACAAGUUUGGAAUCAAGACCAUGUUGGAGACAGAAGAAGGAAUUCUGCUGCUCGUCAGAGCCAUGGAUCCUGUGGUUCCCAACAUGAUGAUUGACGCUGCGAAGCUGCUGUCUGCCCUCUGCAUCCUGCCACAGCCAGAGGACAUGAAUGAAAGGGUUUUGGAGGCGAUGACAGAAAGAGCUGAAAUGGAUGAGGUGGAACGUUUUCAGCCGCUGCUGGAUGGAUUAAAAAGUGGGACCUCCAUUGCUCUCAAGGUGGGAUGCCUACAGCUCAUCAAUGCUCUCAUCACACCUGCUGAAGAACUUGACUUCCGAGUUCACAUCCGAAGUGAACUGAUGCGCUUGGGGCUGCACCAAGUGUUGCAGGACCUUCGAGAGAUUGAAAAUGAAGAUAUGAGAGUGCAGCUUACUGUAUUUGAUGAACAAGGAGAAGAAGAUUCCUAUGACCUGAAGGGACGGCUGGAUGACAUUCGAAUGGAGAUGGAUGACUUCAGUGAAGUCUUCCAGAUUCUCUUAAACACAGUGAAGGAUUCAAAAGCAGAGCAGCACUUCCUGUCCAUCCUGCAGCACUUACUCUUAGUCCGAAAUGACUAUGAGGCCAGACCGCAGUACUAUAAGUUGAUUGAAGAAUGUAUUUCUCAGAUAGUUCUGCAUAAGAAUGGGGCUGAUCCUGACUUCAAGUGCCGGCACCUCCAGAUUGACAUUGAGGGACUGAUUGACCAAAUGAUUGAUAAAACAAAGGUGGAGAAAUCAGAAGCCAAAGCUACAGAGCUGGAAAAAAAGCUGGACUCCGAGUUAACAGCUCGACAUGAGCUCCAGGUGGAAAUGAAAAAGAUGGAAAGUGACUUUGAGCAGAAGCUCCAGGAUAUUCAGGGAGAAAAGGAUGCAUUGGAUUCUGAAAAGCAAAAAAUUGCCACGGAGAAACAGGACCUGGAAGCAGAAGUGUCUCAGCUCACAGGAGAGGUCGCCAAGCUGUCCAAGGAACUGGAAGACGCCAAGAAAGAAGUGGCUUCUCUCUCUGCUGCAGUUACUGCUGUAGCCCCUCCUAGCAGUGCUACUGUUACCCCUGCCCCUCCUUUACCUGGUGACUCUGGGCCCGUUAUACCCCCUUUAUCAGUCCCCACACCCCCUCUUCCUGAGGCCAGGGUCAGUCCUCCUCCACCACCUCCUCCUCCUCCUUUACCUGGGUGUGUUUUCAUCCCCCCACCUGGGGGUCCUAGCAUCCCCCCUCCUCCCCCUUUGCCUGGAGGUGGUAGCAUCCCCCCACCUCCUCCUCCCUCUUUGCCUGUAGGUGUUAGCAUCCCCCCACCUCCUCCCCCUUUGCCUGGAGGUAUUAGCAUCCCCCCACCUCCUCCCCUGCCUGGAGGUCCUGUCCUCCCCCCACCCCCUCCUCCCCUGCCUGGAGGUCCUGUCCUCCCCCCACCGCCUCCUCCCCUGCCUGGAGGUCCUGGCCUCCCCCCACCCCCUCCUCUCCUUCCUGGAAGUCUUGGCCUCCCCCCACCCCCUCCUCCCCUGCCUGGAGGUCCUGGCCUCCCCCCACCCCCUCCUCCCUUGCCCGGAGGACCAGGAAUGUUACCUCCCCCUCCCCCUUUUCCUGGUGGAAUCCCUCCACCCCCUCCAUUUCCUGGAGGCCCUGGCAUUCCUCCACCUCUCCCUUUUGGAGUUCCUGCAGCCCCAGUUCUGCCAUAUGGAUUAACCCCAAAGAAACUUUACAAGCCAGAGGUGCAGCUCCGUAGGCCAAACUGGUCCAAGUUUGUCGCUGAGGACCUUUCCCAGGACUGCUUCUGGACAAAGGUGAAGGAGGACCGAUUUGAGAACAGUGAACUUUUCGCCAAACUUACCAGUACCUUUUCUGCCCAGACUAAGACUUCAAAAGCCAAGAAGGAUCAGGAAGGUGGAGAAGAAAAGAAAUCUCUGCAAAAGAAAAAAGUGAAAGAGUUAAAGGUGUUGGAUUCCAAGACAGCCCAGAAUCUCUCAAUCUUUUUGGGUUCCUUCCGCAUGCCUUAUCAUGAGAUUAAGAAUGUCAUCCUGGAGGUGAAUGAGGCUGUUCUCACUGAGUCCAUGAUCCAGAACCUCAUUAAGCAGAUGCCAGAGCCAGAGCAGUUAAAAAUGCUUUCUGAACUGAAGGACGAAUAUGAUGAUUUGGCUGAGUCAGAGCAGUUUGGUGUGGUGAUGGGUGCAGUACCCCGCCUGCGGCCUCGCCUCAACGCCAUCCUCUUCAAGCUGCAGUUCGGGGAGCAGGUGGAGAACAUCAAACCCGAGAUCGUCUCAGUGACUGCCGCGUGUGAGGAGGUGCGAAAGAGCGAGAACUUCUCUAGCCUCCUGGAGAUAACCUUGCUUGUUGGAAACUAUAUGAAUGCUGGCUCCAGGAAUGCUGGUGCUUUUGGCUUCAACAUCAGCUUCCUUUGUAAGCUUCGAGACACCAAGUCCACAGAUCAGAAGAUGACAUUGUUGCACUUCUUGGCUGAGUUGUGUGAGAAUGAUCAUCCCGAGGUCCUGAAGUUCCCAGACGAGCUUGCCCACGUGGAGAAAGCCAGCCGAGUUUCUGCUGAAAACUUGCAAAAGAACCUAGAUCAGAUGAAGAAACAGAUUUCCGACGUGGAACGUGAUAUUCAGAAUUUCCCAGCUGCCACAGAUGAGAAAGACAAGUUUGUUGAAAAAAUGACCAGCUUUGUGAAGGAUGCACAGGAACAGUACAACAAGCUGCGGAUGAUGCACUCUAACAUGGAGACGCUCUACAAGGAGCUGGGCGAGUACUUCCUCUUUGACCCCAAGAAGGUGUCUGUGGAAGAAUUCUUCAUGGAUCUGCACAAUUUUAAGAAUAUGUUUGUGCAAGCUGUCAAGGAGAACCAGAAGCGGCGGGAGACAGAGGAGAAGAUGCGGCGAGCAAAGCUGGCCAAGGAAAAAGCAGAGAAGGAGCGGUUGGAGAAGCAGCAGAAGAGAGAGCAACUCAUAGACAUGAAUGCUGAGGGUGAUGAGACAGGUGUGAUGGACAGUCUUCUGGAAGCCCUGCAGUCAGGCGCAGCAUUCCGACGGAAGAGAGGACCCCGUCAGGACAAUCCCAGUCCCUGGGAGGAGGAGGAGGAGAUCUAUAAAUUGGCGUCAGGAAGGCAGCGUGUGCAGCCACAUCUCAGCUAGUCUCAGAGCUGACCAAGGAGGAUGCCAUGACCUGUGUUCCUGCCAAGUUGCCUAAGAGUGAGGAAGUCCCCACCAUCCUUGAGGAGACCACAGAGUUGCUCGGCCGUGCAAGCUAAGCCAGGUCCUGGGGCCACGGCAGCUCCUCGGUAGAGCCCUCGACUGUCCCGCCUGCAGCAUGUGCCUGAAGGGUUGCGGAGGUGUUCCUCUGCGGUGGCCGCUCCCAUCACCCUGGCCGCUCCCAUCACCCUGACCCCACCUUACUCUCCGGCAUGCUGCUCUCUGCCCAUCGCACACAGCUUCAGCUGCCUGGAGGCCAGAAGGAAAGGGCAGUGUGGGGGGCCCAAGCCCAACCGGGGCAGUCCUGGCUCUUGUUACCAAAACAGGCUCCGUGUUUGCUGCCUUAACCCCAAGUGUCUCCACUGUUCUCCGGGGCCUCAUCUCAGACAAGGCCCACCUGCUCUCUCUGCCCCUGCCUCUCCAGUGGGCUUUGCCUAGGUCAAUUGUGCUGGGUUUGUGCUUUUCUGUUGUGUGUUCUCUGGUCCUGAGAGCAACAUGGGCUUAGGAACCUCUGGGCUCCAUCCCCCAGCUCUGCUCUGCCUGCCCCGGCUCCUGUUGUCUGUUAUUGGUGGGGAGGCACUGGGAGGUGCUUCCAAGGAAGUGGGGAGCAGAUCCCCCUCCCACCCCACCAUUUGAGAAAGACCUCCCCAGACAAGGAGGACCUGCCUAGGCCAGGGCCUGGGGGCGGGCAGGCGGGCAGGGCAGGGUGGGGCGGAGCCGCCCCCAGCCUGCUGCCAUGCUGUGCACCUGCCCUGGCCUCUCUCAACCCUCCCCCGUACCAGCCCCCAGCGGCUGAGCCACGGGCCCUCCUCACGCCCUCCCCAGAGCUUUGGUCUCAUCUGAAAGUGUGGGCUGUCCUGUGACCAUCCCCACACCUUACCCUCUGUCUCCAAGGAAAGGGGAGGUGGAGCCUCCUGGUUGAGAAAUUGUUUUGCAAAUGGAUCUAUUUUUAUAUGAAUUUUUUUUUUUUUUUUUUUUUUUUAAGAAAAAUAAGCCUUCCUCCUUUCCCCUCCAUAAUAUAAGAGGCUUUGAUGGCAGGUUCCAGAGUCCCUGGGAUUUCUCACCACAAGCCUCAAUUCUGAGCAAGGCCCCUGGACCUCCACUCAGCCCUGAAGCCUCUGGGCCCUCGAGGCCAGUGCAGACUCUCACCCCCAACAUCUGACUCAGGGGCCAGAGGCGGCUCUUCUCUGGUUGAGCUGGACCAGGCCUAAGCGUAAUAGGAGCUCUCAAACAACAAAGAGUUUUUAUAAAUUUAAUAUAUUUAUCAAGCCAAAUGUGCAGAUGCUAACUGGACGCUCUGGAGAAGUGGGCCCAGGGACGCCCCACCCUGUUCUCUCUUCAGCAGUGGGAAGGCCACAUGUUUCAGUGGGCACAGCCACAGGAAUCUCAGAUUCUCUGGCUAAAGGUAACACUUUGCCCUCCUGUGCUCCUCUCAGCUUCCCACCACCCCCAGGUAGGGGGCGAGAAUGGCACUGGAAAGGCCUGGCCCUAAAGCAUAGUUCUUAGAGCAAGGGGAGCUUAGGAGACCUCAGGCGCCCCCAGGGAGGCCUUGAGGCUGGGCAGAAGGGUUCUGGUUGCUAGAGCCUGUGUGCAAAGGGGCACCAGCAGCCCCCUGAGCUAGUGCUGGGAGGACUAUGGUGGGGGGGGGGCCUGCUACUCCCCUCAGUUCCCUCCUCCCUGCUGACAUCUGGGGCUUUGACCCUUUCUUUUUUAAUCUAAUUUUGCUAAGAUGCAUUUAAUAAUAAUAAUAAAGGGACAAAAUGCAAACCUGUUUCCCUCGCCUCUUGGGCUUCUGGGAUGUCAUCACCUCCAGUUUGUUGGGUUUGUUUCCAACUGUUAAUAAAGCAUUGAAACAGUA